AUGAACAUGAGUGCACAAAAUGGAAUAGCCAGUGCUGUAUUAACAGCCAUUGAAGAGCAAUUAGAGGCACCCCUUUUGGAUGAUCAAACAGAAACAGGAGGAAAACCACAAAAAACACCAGGGCAAAAAGUUAUCAGGAAGACAUUCAAAGGGACAGCACAUUUAGCCAAUCUUCUUCCCACAGGUUCAGUUCUUGCAUUCCAAAUGUUCUCACCAUCUCUGACUCAUGAAGGAAAAUGUCAAUCCAUCGUCUACCAAUCCUUAACUUUAGGCUUUCUCGGCCUCUGCGCCGUGUCGUGUUUCCUCCUCUGCUUCACGGAUAGCAUCAGGGAUGAACGGGGAAAAGUCCGGUAUGGCGUGGCAACGUUUAAAGGAUUUCGGGUUCUGGAUGGCUCCAUCGAUGUUCCUCCUGAGGAUGCAGACAAGUACAAGAUCAAUUUCAUGGAUUUCUUUCAUGCAUUUAUGUCCCUUUUGAUUUUUGGAGCUGUGGCAAUGUUUGAUCAGAAUGUGAUGAAUUGUUUGUACCCAAACCGAUCAGGUAAAAUGCAGGAGAUCCUGACGAUAGUGCCUGUUGUUGUUGGAGUCGUUGGUAGCCUUAUGUUUGUUGUAUUUCCUAGCAAAAGACAUGGAAUAGGUUUCCCUCUCUCCCGGAAUUAA